AGCACCCUCAUUUUCCUCGGGUAUUCCCACUGAUCUCUGACCGGUCGGUUUGGCAUAAUGGAAAGCACCCCAGGUGUCGUGUUGCCUUCCGGGUACAAAGUACAUUUUCCGAGAAAAGCCUUUCCUUUCGAUCAGAUAUCACAUUACAUUAUUUCUGUAUUUCUCGGAAUUCAAGGCUACGACGCCGUACCGAGUACUGAUCGACGUUCAAAACUUCGGCUCGCUUGUGAAGACGAAAGGACGGAUUUUCUGCACCAAGAACUGAUAGAAAUGGGUAAUGAAUAGACGCAAAAUUAAUAUUAGAGGGCUGAAUACGUGUUGUGAAAAGCCCUGAUGCACUAAUCUAUCAAACUGAAUUUCUGUUGCAAGUCGAGGCAGUGUACCACCCGCUUGCAAACUCUUGUAUCAUGUCAGCUCAAGUAUAAAAUCUUUAACGUGGUAGUGCCGUCUGAUUAUCAUGUAUUUUGAUAUCCAUUUUUGAAACAAGACGGUUGCGGGCAGUGGAAUGUGAAAAAUAUUAGAAGAAGUAUUCAUGAGAGCGGCUAGGCACAUGCAUCACUGAAAAUGAUGGACAAUGAUGAUGAAGGGUUUGAUUUGAUUCAGCCAUCACUCAUUCAGCAGCUGAGAAGCAUCUUAGAUCAGUACCCAGAUGAUGGACAGAUACUCAAGGAGCUGAUCCAAAACGCAGAAGAUGCUGGUGCAAGUCAUGUGAAAUUCCUACACGACAAGCACAGCUAUGGAACCGAAAAAUUGCACAACGCAGACCUUGCUCAGUUUCAGGGCCCAGCACUUUACGCCUACAACAACGAAACGUUUACCAAAGAAGACUGGAGAGGUAUCCGAAUGCUGUGUAACAGUAUCAAAGUUAAAGAACCCAUGAAGGUGGGGCGGUUUGGCGUGGGUUUCAAGUCUGUUUUUCACGUUACAGAUCUACCGAGCAUCUUGAGUGGCUCACAGAUCGGUAUAAUUGAUCCGCACGAGAAGUUCUUUGCCGACAACAGGAACCGACGAACAGGGUACAGUUGGCCAAUGAAAAAAGCCCGUGACGUAAUGAAUACUAUACCAGACCAAUUCAGCCCUUACAAAGGGGUAUUUGACUGCUCAGAGGAUGUUUUCUCCAGGGGCUUCUACAAAGGCACACUGUUCCGCUUCCCACUGCGCACCAAGCCGUCUGAGUUAUCGCAGACACUGUACUCUGCAGAGAAGGUGCAGACGUUGUUUGAGGGUUUCAUUUCAGAUGCCCACUUGGUUCUUCUUUUCCUGCAACAUCUCGAGUCCAUUGAACUUUACGUACGUGAUGAGUCAGACGCUGAACCCCAAACAACGUUUCAGGUUCGGAUUGCUGAAGAAAGUCUUCAGUUGGCACGGGAAAAGAGGCAGGAGUUUCACCACAAGAUCAGCGACGGAAAGCUUAUGGCUGAUCCUGUUACGGCGACGUACCCAAUAACGAUUGAGACGGUGUAUUUCUCUCAAGGGUUAGAGGCCAGCACCCAACAGCAUUCUUUUCUUGUGACAAACUACUUUUGUGGCGAGGAAGUAUCAUCGGAGUUUAAAGCUCUGGCUACAGAUGAAAGUCUAAGCUAUCUACCCUUAGUUGGCGUUGCCAUGGCAAUUUCACAACGCUCUGCGCAACACACGGGUCACGUGUUUUGUUGCCUACCAUUACCAGUUCAGAAAACCAGCCUGACAGGUUUGCCAGUGCACGUAAAUGGUUUCUUUGCUUUGAGCCAGAACAGACGGUACAUCAAGUCUCCAAAUGCAGAGCAGGAUGAUCAACAGCUGACUGACAAGUCCCUGUUAUGGAACAGAUGUCUGUUAACCGAAGCUAUUCCCAAGGCAUAUGCAACGAUGAUAAUGGAUGCCAUUAACGAAAGGAGCUUCAACAUGGAAACAGAUGAUAUUUACAAGGCAUGGCCUAAUGUCGACAUUCUCGAUCAGAAAUGGAAGAAAAUUCAGGAUCCCUUGUUUGAGGCACUUUGCAGUGAGAAGAUCAUUUACACCCGAGCUGGAGGAGGCAGGUGGCUGAAAGUGGAAGAGGCUGUCUUUGAUAAACUUGAUGACAACGAGCUCAAGGAGUUGCUUUCGCGGGUUUUGCUCCACGCCAAUGAAAAUGUUGCCUCCAUGCCUUACCACGUGUUAAAGACCGUUGGCUUGUACGCAGAGGUCCGAAAAGAAAUUAACCCCCCAUUUGUUCGAAAUGUCCUGAAAGAAAACCCUUUUUGCUACAGGAACCUCAGGCGAACGGAGAAAUUGAAACUCCUGAAGUUUGUCCUGAGCUGUGAAGGCAACAGAUUCACAGAACUGAUCGGACUGGAGUUAUUACCCAUCGCCGGUGGAUGCUUCACGUCCUUCGCAAAUUCUGAUGAGGCUAUAUAUAUCGCGUCGCCAGAGCAUCCGCAAGAAUUACUUCCUGGACUACACCAUCGCUUUUUGGAUCAGGAAAUUGACGUAAACCUUUUCAGAAGUCUAGAAGUAGUUGCCAAGAAAGGAAGCACUCAGCUAAGGCAUCUUUGCCAAGAUGACGUCGCUACUCUUCUCCCUACAUCAUUACCGCCCGAAUGGUCAGAAGGAGAGAAAGUGCACUGGUACCCUGGUGCAGCUAACAAUGGCCAUCCCAAAAGCAACUGGCUUAAUGUGAUAUGGGACUAUCUUAGCAAGAUGUUUCCCUCAAAAGAAGGGCUGAGCAGGUUCCGAGGUCUCCCAUUGAUUCCUAUUGAUAUGUCACAAGUUCCAGUCCAAUUAACACGACUUGAACUACCAUCUAAGACAGUUGUAAGGAGUCUCCAUGGGGAUUGUCUCGACGAAAUCAUCACCAGCGCUUUGGAGGAGCUUGGAGUGGUUAUUAUUCGAGAGUGUCCUGUUUUCUUAAGCCAACAUUCGGCGAUUACCAACCAUUUUGUUUAUGCUCCAUCGCCGCAAAGUGUCCUAAAGGCUCUGACGGCUUGCCUUUCCGAAAAGAAAAUUAGCAUGUGUUCAGUAACGACCGAGGGCAAGCGCUCCAUACGAAAUUUCGUUUGCAAGGUGUCAUCCGUGGGACCAUUGGAAAAGGCAAUUCUUUCUGGUCUCCCAUUGUUUGAAACUCAGAACAAAUCAUUUGUUUCCGUGGAAAGCGGUCUUCGUGUUGCACCAGAAAGUCCCUUGCCAGUGGCGUCUCGUCGAGAUUUCAUAGACAUCACGCAAGAGGAUUCCAAGAGGCUGGCACGUUUGCUGGGGAUUGAAAUCCCAACAAUGAUUGCUUUUCUGCUUGAAGAAGUCUUUCCAGAUGUCAGAGAUGGGAAUUAUUCAGUUGAGGAGAUGGAUGUUCUUAUGGCGUUUGUGAUGGAGCGAUAUCAGGUGUAUGCAGCAUUAGAUUCCCGUCUUGAAGAGGAGAUGAAAUCAUUGCCAUUUGUACCAACACUCGCUGGGCGGGUGACACCUACGAAGGUCUUUGAUUCCAGAAAUGAACUGCUACAGUGCAUUUUUGCUGAUGAGAAUGUCUUUCCAAUUGGAACGCAGUACACUGAUCCUGCCGUUCUUGUAGUCCUAGGGAAACUUGGUUUGAAAAGUGAGGACAAAAUCACUGCGCAAGACCUUUACCAAAGUGCGAACAAGAUCGCUGACAUGUCUGACAUAUUGACAGCGGAGAAGAAGUCGGAAGCGAUCAAGGCGUAUUUAUUCAGACAUCCGACGACACUACAAGAAACUGUUCAUGGAACAGCACUGGGAGUACUCCUGCAAAGUAUCGCUUGGGUUUCAGUACUGAGACAAAAGCCCCAUGGUUUUCCAAGAAGCCUACAUUUCUGGGUAGAAACUCACGAAGGGACCCAUUUCUGCAAGCCCACAGAAGUCGAGAACAAAGAUAACGUGAACCUCAUCGGAUCAGUGAGGCCAAUUGUUGAAGUAGAUUCCUCCAGUCAAUUAGCGAAAUGUUUAGGAUUGGACGAGAUGCCCAGUGUUUCGGAUGUUGUGGAACAGUUGAAGGCGGUGAUGGGUUGUUACACCCUAGAGGAAAGGCCUCUUUAUAUCUCAGUUGUGAAGGAUAUCUACUCCUAUUUAAGUUGUGCUGCAAACACCUCUGCUAUCAAGUACGCGUUUCAAGGAGUCGAGAAUUUACGCUGGAUGUGGAAUGGAGACGGCUUUUCCUCACCUAACGCUGUGCUUGCACAAAAGCCUUCUGUCGACCUCUCGCCAUAUAUUUCAUGUCUUCCUGCAGAGGUAACGCCUUUUUCAAACUUCUUCUCGAAGUUUGGCAUGCGAAAACACUGCGACGCCCGUAUUUUGCUUGAGGUUCUUCGCAUGAUAAAACAGAAGUAUGAUUCCGGAUGUAGCUUUGCUGCUUUAGAAGUAAAGAGGGAUUUGCAGCUAUCUGCGGACAUUCUGAAUGAGAUCAAACCAAACGAAGGUGAGGAAUUGCCUGCUGAGCUUAAAGAAAAAAUACUCAUCCCAACUCAUGUAGAAGGCGAUUCAUGUGUCAAGCUUGCACCAAUUAAAGAUUGUGUGUACUGUGAAGAUGAAUGGAUGGAAACCGAGGAUUAUGAUGAAAACAUGAACGUUUUGUAUGUUCAUCCAAUCAUUCCUAGGAGCACAGCUCAGCUUUUGCGGAUUCCUCCAAGUAAGAUUCGGAUGCUAGAACCUGACGAAAUGAACAUAGGAGACGAAUUUGGUCAAGAAGAGAAAUUAACCCGCAGACUGAAUCGACUUCUGGAGGACUACACGGAUGGAUUCGCCAUUCCAAAAGAGCUGAUUCAAAACGCAGACGAUGCUGGUGCCACUGAAGUUCGAUUUCUAUACGAUGAAAGAGCCAAUGAGGACGCCAUGAGCCGUCUGUUCGACGAGGAAAUGGGGGAAUGUCAAGGUCCUGCCUUGUGGGUUUACAAUGACGCUGAGUUUCAGGAUGAAGAUUUUGCAAACAUAAAACAAUUGAAUGGUGGUACAAAAGAGCUCCACACUGAGAAAAUUGGAAAGUUUGGACUUGGCUUUAAUGCCGUGUAUAACUUGACCGAUGUCCCUAUGUUUCUAAGUAGACACUAUUUUGUGAUUUUUGAUCCCAACAACUUCUAUUUGGAAAAGGCAUUCGGAAAGAAAACACGUGGAGUUAGACUCGACAUCAACAAGAAGAGAAAGAAACUAAGAAAGUACAGUGGCCAGUUCAAACCGUUCAAUGGUAUCUUUGGUUGUGAUCUUCACCUAGAUAAGGACGACAACUCAUAUCAAGGAACACUGUUUCGCUUCCCUCUAAGAACCAAAGAUCAAGCCGUGAGAAGUGAAAUAAAGCAAACUCACUAUGAUGACAAACAAGUUCGAGACCUCUUGGAGAUUUUCGUCAGCGGUGCUAGAACCGUGCUUCUUUUUACUCAAAACGUUCGUCGCGUUAGCAUCUUUCAUUUGUCAAAUUCAAGUGAGGCAACACAGCCCACGCUGAUUUUCGAGGUCAACAAGUCGUUAUCGCGAUCUGGGAUUAUUCGAGAGCUGCCUAUCCCAGUCACCCUGUCAAACAAUGUGAAGAAACUUAGCCAAGACGACCAGUACUUCUUAAAACAGUGCAACUUCCUACGAGCUUCAUCAGAGGUAGCACAGUAUGUUGCAAGGGAGAAACUAUCUGGGGCAGAUUUGCUACGUUCAGCGCUUACCAUCGAUAUGACGAGCACCGUCACGGAACAGGGAAGUUCAUUCUUUGUCGAUAACGAUCAGUUACGAAGUGCAUCAGAAACAUGGCUCCUCGCUUCGUCCAUUGGCAGAGGGAUAGCGAUGCAGUUUUCAGUAGCUGACAAGACUCUACUUCCAGCAGCUGGGGUUGCUGUCCAGUUGAUGCCUAACGUGUGUGGAAAGUUUGCUCCAGUACCUGUUACAGAGCAAGAAUCACGCCACGAUGGAACGGUGUUUUGCUAUCUUGCACUUCCAGUCCACAGUGGACUACCUCUGCAUAUUAAUGGCGCACUUGCCGUAGCUUCCAACAGACGCCAUUUGAAAGAGAGAGCAGAGGGCGACAAAGCCUGUAUUGGAGUGGAGUGGAAUGAUGUACUUUUGAGAGAUUCUGUUUGUGCAGCGUAUCUAGAUCUUCUGGAAGAUCUCAAGUCAGCUGCUGGAAUGUAUUCGUUUCAUUUACUGUGGCCCAGGGCGAGUUACGUCGAGCCAAACUGUGAGGCUCUCGUUCGGUCAUUCUAUCAGCAGGUUGCAGAUGGUAGUUGCUCCCUCUUUUCAGAUGGCAACAGAUGGGUAGACAUGAGCCAAGUUGUCUUUCUAGAGCCAAACUUUCGUCAGGAAGAACAAAUUGGUGACAUCUUGUUUACAGUUUUCAAGAUGCUGAUACAAGAAAAUGUGGCCGUUAUUGAUCUGCCAACCGACAUCUUGCAAUCAUUUGUGAAGUAUGGUCUUGCCGACAAAAUACAGUCGAAGCUGUAUGGUAAAGACAGGUUCUUCCGCGAGUUAUUCUUUCCAAACAUCGCUGCAGUACCACCUGAGCUGAGGGACAAGUUGAUCUUGUACGCCCUAGAUGAAGGAGAUGGAAAAUUUGACGAACUUGUGAAUACUUAUCCCUGUAUUCCAGCCUCACCACGUGGUCAGAAACUCAAAUGUCCGCAUCAGCUUGUCAACCCACACAAAGAAGCCGCCUCUCUCUUUCGUGCGGAAGAUGAACGGUUUCCUUUUGGCACGGAGAUGACAUUGUUGAAUCCUCUACGACUGGCCAAACUUGAGCAACUCGGGAUGAUGGCAAAUGAUCCUACAUGGAAUGUAUUUGCAGAGAGAGCAGAGAGUGUUAACAUUUUAAAUCAAGAAAACAAAGACGCAGCAUUAAAGCGCACUACAUCGUUACUACAUCUUUUGGCGAAGAAGCUGAACAAUGAAGAAGACAGCUCACCUCCGGAAGGAGUCCAAGACAGGAUUUUACAAGCUAAAUUCCUCCCAGUUGCUGCAAAACCAAACGAGUUUCCUCUCCUCUGGAAAGAGAACGAUCUUCGACGUAAGAAUGAGAAGAUAUUGAUGUCACCCAUAGAAGCCUUUCCAAAAACCGCGAAAUAUUUAGUGUGCUGCUCUGAAGCAAUUGUAGGUAUUUACAUACCUUUCAUUGUUAGGAGUUUCUUACUUUUGAACGAAGACAGGGUCACCACGAGACAUGUCGUUACCCAACUUCAGUUUGCCUCAAGUACAAAUGCUGAAAGCCUGGAUUGCCAGGAAUUCGAAGAAGUGCAAGCAGUAUGCUUGGCAGCAUACAGGUUUCUCCAGUCAGCCCUCAAUGACCAAAAACUAGAAGAAAGGCAAGUGACGGAGAUUUUUCAGGAAAAGAAAAUAAUUCUCCUGGGAAGAGAAUUUGUGCAUGCAAAUCACGUUGCUUUUAAGUUGACAACUGACUGCUCUCCUUACCUCCAUAAGCUGUCUGAUGAUCUUGCAAGACCAUUUCGUAACUUGAUGAAGAUCCUUGGGGUAAAGGAAGUCUUUGAAGGCAAAGAUUUCAUAUUUUCUUUGGAGAGAAUAAGGUGCAAGUUUGGAGACACAGCGCUUGAUGAAAAGACCCUUCAAAUUGCGCUUAAUCUGGUUGGUCAAUUAGCUAAUUGUCUAAAAGGAUCUGAGGAGAAUGACAAUGUUAAGGAAAGACAGGAAGUAAUUUACCUUCCAGAUUCCCAAGGCGUAAUGCGCCUUGCUGACGAACUUUGCUUGAACGAUUACGAUUUCCUACCAGACGACGUUGGUGUUAACUUUGUAAAUGAGUUGAUUUCUCAUCGAACAAGUAUCACGCUGGGCGUAAAAACACGUCGGGAAAAGGCAUUGGAACGCUUUACUGUUGGAAUUCAGUUUGGACAAGAAGAGAAGUUGACGAACCGCUUGCAACGAAUUCUCUCGGCAUACCCAUCUGAGAAGGAAAUCUUAAAAGAACUUAUCCAGAAUGCUGAUGAUGCCGAAGCAACAGAAAUUUACUUCAUCAAAGACCCAAGACAACACGCUGAUGACCAGGUAUUUGAAGAUUCUUGGAAACCUCUUCAAGGCCCUGCUUUGUGCGUGUACAACAACACGCCAUUCUCGGAAGCUGACAUUAAAGGAAUACAGAACCUUGGUGAGGGCAGCAAAGGGGAUGAUCCAAACAAGACUGGUCAAUAUGGGGUGGGCUUCAAUGCUGUUUACAACUUGACGGAUGUACCAUCCUUUACCUCGAGUGGAGAAGAGAUUGGUGACGUUUUGUGUGUGUUUGAUCCUCACUGCAAAUAUGUACCUGGGGCAACUACACAAGCGCCAGGACGGAUGUACAAGAAAACCACAGAAUUGAGACAUAUGUUCCCUGAUGUAUUCUCAUGCUAUAUUGAGGAACAUUUUCCCGUACAAAACUCCACCAUGUUUCGAUUUCCUCUUAGGACUGAGGAGAUGGCUAAAGAAUCCAAAAUAUCCCAGUCUUCAGUCACACUGGAACAACUUGAUAGAAUGAUAGAAUCAUUAAAAGGGGAACUUUUUGAGGUUCUUCUCUUUGUCAACAAUGUUAGGAAAAUCACGUUGUGUGAGAUCGACGCAAAAGGAACAGUGGUGAACUCUUAUUUCGUUGAAGCUCAAAUAUCAGACGACGAUCUGGCCAAAAGGCAACAGUUCGCGGCCUACAUUAGGAAGACUUGGAAAUCAAAGCAACAAAAAAGUGAUGUCCUGCCUAUAGAAGCCGAGGUUAAGAAGUGCUCCUAUGUUCUGAACGUAAGAGACUGCACUGGGAAAGAGGAGAAGUGGCUAAUUGUCCAACAGUUUGGGUUUGAGAACCAAGUGGAAAGGAGCAUUGUCGAUGCUUACCGGAGACACGAUUUGGGUUUGCUCCCUCGUGGUGGCGUUGCUUGCCAAUUGGAAAACAAACACACAGGGCAACUUCCAUCGGAUCGAAGCAAGAAAGCCUACUGCUUCCUUCCGCUUCCUAUAGAGACUGGCCUUCCAGUCCACAUCAAUGGCCACUUUGCAUUGGAGCACGAGAGCAGACAACAUUUGUGGAGAAGGGCAAAUGAAGACUACCGAAAUGACUGGAACAAUGCGUUAGUGAGCGAUGUCAUAGCAUCAUGUUAUCUAGAACUCUUAGACGGAGUAAGGAAUUUCCAUCACUUGCCUGUCGUCCAGAAUCUAGAACAAGCAACCCUUAGCUGCAGCACAGAUGAUCUGAUGAGAAUUGUACGUGACUACGAGAAGCGUUUCCCUUCCGUGAACGUGACCGAUCCUUACUGGGAGACGUUAGUGAAGUCUUUUUAUCAAGAAAUGGACCGGAAGAAGUUGCGACUUCUACCAGUGGUGCGAGGUGAGGUAUCAGCAAAUUCCAGUACCAAAACUAAGCUGGAGUGGCUUCCUGUCACAGGGGAAGGGAGAGAUCAGGCGUUUUUUAACAACAUUGGAAUGGCCGACUGUUUUAAUGCCUAUCCUCAUGGGGUGCUGGAAACAAGAAAUAUACUUACCUUCCAGCAGAUUUUGCUCCAAACAGGCUUUAACCUUGUCGCAUUUACCUGGUCGGUGUAUGUGGCACUGGAAAAAUCUGAUGUUAGAGCUUGUUGCGUUUCCCCUUCUGCUGUGAUGCAAUUCUACAAGUCUUUUAGCUGCGAAGAGUCGUUUUGCAAAAUUGGGCCAGUAUCUGUUGACGUCAAAGAAACACCAUUCAAAUCUGCCGAAGUCGUGGAACUGGUUCUUAGGUACUGUAAGGACGACAAGGAGUUUCAAGCUAAUCUUCCAGGCCUUCCAUUGCUUCUGACACAAGACAACUAUUUGCGCACAUUUAACGCCAACGAUCCUAAGUUCCUUUCUCUCCAUCAUGACAUCCUACCAGAAUGCCGACAAAUGUUUGUGCAUAAACAUAUUCGAACGCGAAUCUUUGGUGAUGCUAAGAGCUUAAAGGCCCCUGUGUUCAAGUAUUUUGAUAUCAAGAGUUUUGCCGCUAACUUACAUCAAACGCUACCACUCGCGUAUUACAGCAGUGAGGGAUACGUGAAGUGGUGUCCUAAGCAGCCCGGAAUUCCAAAUUGGGCGUGGAUAUACAGCGUUUGGAGGUUCGUUUCCGACGAGAUAAACAAAGUCCUCGAAGAGAUAAAGGCGAAAGAAAAUGCAAACAUUAAGUGCAUUUUAGCGACAGACGAAUGUGAAGAAGAAAAGUGGAGAAAACUUGAAAAAGCCAAGACAACUGAAGAGGAGAAGACUAGAAUUAUUCAAGCAACUCUUGAACCACUCUCUAAUUGGAACCUCCUACCUUGUACCGAGAAGACCCAUUCAAUCGAGUCACAAGGGAGAAGCUCUUUUCGAUUAGGUAUUGAACACUUUCUGGUUCCCCUCGGGCUGUCAGAAACCAUCCUUGAUUUUCAUGGUAUCGCCGAUCAGUCGCUUGUUGAUACAUUAAAGAAGCUUAGUUUGGCUGAAUUGAACUCAGCUGUUUUGUCCUCACCAGGCCCGUUGCCGGGCGUAUCUGCAGAUCACCAGAUUCAUGCUCGCAGGCUUGUAGCAUCCCUUAGGACACCAUCGUCCAUUUUGACAUCCUUGAAACAGAAGAUGAUGAGAAAUCCGCAUUCACUGGAGGGAAUUUUAACCACAACCGAGUGCGACAAUAUUUUGCACUAUUUCAGCAGUAACGUUAAACGUCUGAAGGGGAGUGAUGAGAGCAUACUAAGAACUCUUCCUUUCUACGAAGCAACACAUGGUGAACUGGUUGAUUUGAAAAAUCACAAAGUUUACGUGGUCCCCGAUGACUUACCAAAGAAAGAGUUAAAUGAGGUGGGAAAUCAGGCUGGCGUGGUAUUUCUGAAUCCCCGACCAUGGUUGUCUUCGUUAUUUAAAUUUUUCUCCGUGAAAAUCCUCAGAGCGGCUGAUGUGUACUGCAAGUUUGUUUUGAGUCAUUUCUCGCUACUCUCUAAGGAAGCACGGCUGGAUCAUCUGGAAUGUAUUCGCGACAUUGUUUUGCCGCGAUUAUCCAAGGAGAUUGACGAAAAAAAGCUCUUAAUUGACCGUCUAAAAAACACAGAAAUUGUUCCAGCCAACGACGGAACGCUCAAGACAGCAUUCUGCUAUUACGACCCUGAAAAUGAUAUUUUCAAGUUAAUGCUAUCAGAAGAUGACUUUCCCCCAGACCCUUUCAACACCUCAAUGUGGCUAGACUUUUUCAAAACCAUCGGAAUGAUCCAUGACAUUUCUCAGGAUCUUUUUAAGACCUUUGCUAACGAGGUUGCGCGUGAAGGACUGACGCUCCCUACUCCAAGUACGGUCAAAAAAUCUAGCGCCUUGGUGGCUCACUUAUUCCAGCGAGACAACGUUGUAGAAUCAGGUCUUCUUCAGGCUGUCUCUGGCAUCAAGUUUGUCGCCACUUCAGUUAGCCCAGAGCUCCGUUCGAUCCACAGACAGUUCGAUGAACCAUACAUCGCAUUUAGAGGAUCCACUCUAGCCGAGCAUACUAACAUUGUUUGGACCACAGCACCUCUUCUCCCUGAUUGGGCAAAUCCAAGGAACCGUUUAUACGAUUCAGAAGAUGGUUACUGCAAAGCAAUCCUCUACCACCUGCAAGUCAUCACAGUGCCUACCGUAGAGAUGGUAACCUGCCACUGCCGGAACCUGUGCCUCCAACUGGUGAAAGAGAACGGCAGCGAUCUGAGUUCAAAGCAGCUUUCAACAAGGAUGUUAGUUAUGACGGAAAUCUACACAUUCCUACAGAAAAAUGCCAUAUCAAGUACCACAGCGAAGAUGUUAUUGAGAGGCACAUCUUGCAUUAUGGUUGAGCAAGGAAGUCGUUUAGUAAAACCUGAGCAAGUGGUUAUUGAACUAAGCGAGGACAAUGAGAUAGCACCUUUCCUGUACGGAAUGCCAGCAGAACUAGGUCAGUUUAAGGCACUUUUCCAAUAUCUGGACUGCUCCAAUUCAGUACGUCUUUCACACUAUGCCAUGGUACUGGAAACGCUGCAGAGAAAAUGCAAGGCCGACAGACUCAAUUCAAAUGAGGUCGAUUGGGCUUUAAGCGCGGUUAGGGGUCUUUUUGAAUUCUUGCAAGAUAAUUCCAAAGUAAUUCAGGCCCCUUCUUCAUUGUACCUACCAGCUGUGCGUCCCUUUGGCAGUAGUUUUGAACAUAGCACAAGACAUGUCGUGUUGACAAGGGCGGCAGAGCUUCUCUUUGAUGACGCUCCUCGUCACCGGGAUCGCAUUCAAAAUUUUGACCAGCUCUUUGUGGUGGACCUAAAAAAGGCCAAAGUGCGUUGCAAUUCAUCUACGAGUUUCAAGGAUCUAAUUUUGCGUCUUCCUGAAGCUUUACGGCCUCACAUGUUGUCCUGUGUCGUAGAAGAGAAGUUGGCCGAUGCCGUUGACAACACCGAGUUCUAUGACAUGGGCGCCCCCGGAUCACUAAAGAAGCAACUGCAUUCAGUGCAAUUCUGUCGUGGGAUUUUCAGGCUCAUUCGUCACGCUAGCCACGAAAACCAGGAACUAGAUGACGAAAGUGUGGUGUCCUCUGUUGAGAGCAGAUUACAAAACAUACAGAUUCAUGGAAUGAGGAAAAUUGUAACUCAUCUGGUUUAUAAGGGAAACGUUGUUCCGGGGAGUGAAAGAAAGGUACCCUACUUUUUGCAGAAGAUUUCGCAGUCCGAGCACGAGAUUUGGAACUUGUACGUUGAUGCUGUAAACGAUGUCCGGGAAACACCAUCUAUAGUAGCUCUGACAUUAUCAAAAGUGAUCAAAGAAGCUUGUAGAGGACUGCUGCAAGACACAGCAAUGUAUAUCCCUGAAAUGCUGCGUUGCCAUCCUGGUAGGAUUAGCGCUUUACUAGAUAGUAUGGAGAUACGACCAGAUGACUCCUAUGAUGAAGAAGGAAGAGACGUCUUGCCAUUACCAGGCAGCUUUGUUCCAAUUUUAGAUCACCAGCUUCUCAAUCUUGCCUUUGAAUCAUUUAUGCCUGGAGAGUACGUUGGAUACGAGUUGGAAGAUCACAGUAUGGAACUGGAGGAAGGUGAUUCAACGUUCAUCUAUGCUGUGAUUAUCGAGGAAGUAUCAAGUGGCAAUGAAAGUCUGCUCGCAAAGGUUUACAAGAUCAACAUUGGGGACGACAAAGAGUCAAAGGAUGUCCCAGCUACUGAUUUGUACAAAUUUUACCGACCUGCACCAACUGCAGUAGUUCUAUCAGAUCGACAGAGAGACGAGGAAGAGGCUUGGAAGCUGCCAGUAGACAUCAGAAGAAAAGCUAUCAAACGGCUAUCAAACGCCGGCUAUCCUCAACGUCGACAGGCAAUGCGCUGGUUCAGACAGACGGAGGCCGACCUAGCAGCUGUGCUAAGCGACAUAGACCCUGCAAAGCCGUCUUACGAAUGGGCCUGUUUUAAAUGCCAUCAGGCUGCAGAGAAAGCUUUGAAGGCUGCGCAAUACACUGUUGGUGCUCCUAAAACCAGUGUUCAUAAUCUAGUCAAGAAUUCCUUGAUGUUGGACGACUCUCAUCUGACCAGUUUAUCAGAAAAACUUGAGGAUCUCGUAGGAGAUUCAACGCGAAUGCGCUACCCGGACCAGGUGUACUCUCCUGAUGAGAUUCCAAACGACGUUUACACUGAGAAAAUGGCCCGUAUGGCACUAAAACUAGCCACAGAGAUUUUGGACAAUAUUAGGAGCAAAAGUAAUCAAGCAGACGUAAAUGUACAAGAUUGGACUGAUCAGUGAGGGAUCAGAAGGAGAUGGCCACCCAUAUAGCCAGAAUCAGGGGUCAUUUGCGAAAUAGAGCAAAAUGUAGUUAAACAAAGUCAUAAGAUGAAAUAAUGGAUAAGUUUCCUUACUUUAGGAAACAGGCCAAGCUUUCUUGCGUCGGUAGUCUUUGCGAAAUAUGUAGGAAUUUUCUUACGAUCAACCCAACCGAAAAUGAAACAAUUUGACCAAACAUAGUAAUAGACCACUCAGUUAGGAAGACCCCCGCUUCAUUUUGAACCAAGUACGCAAAAUGUUUAUUUGCUGGUGUUUGCAGGGUGAUUCCUCAUACAUGACAACUAAACGAUCCAGUUCAAGAUGUCUUAUUUUACAUUUUAAUGAUUUCUAACGUAGUUUAUGAACCAUUCAUGUAGUAAUCAGUUUUUUUUUUUUCUCGUAUAUCACGAGUACAAUACUUUCGAGCGAAAGAUGACGUAGGUGACGGAAACAUUUUCGAGAGUUAAGUUAUGAAAUAAACCAACUGCGGUCAUGUCAAGUUGUAAAGCUGUCACCAAGUGCCGUGAGGUAAUACCAUCAUUAGCCCUUUUUGCUGUAUCAGCGAUUCAGUUGCGGUGUGCCAUUUUUACUAGAACUCUGUCAGGUAAACUUAAGUAAGAGGAUGCAAAAGCAGAUGAAUGUCCAUUGGGAAAGGCAUUUUUUGUGCACUUGUCAUUUUGGGGUCAGGGUUUUUAGUCGUACGAAAUCGAGUCAGUGUGUUGUUUUGACAUAAUCGAUAAUUUUGAAAUAUAAUUUACGAGGAAUUUAUCAAAGAAAAUAUAGUACAUUUUAUUGUUACGGUUUUCAGUUUAGGUACUUCGUCGCUAACAAUUACGUUGUUUUGGCGGGGCGCUUAGCGAUAACUGUGUUUUUAGUUAUUUUGCAAUGACGAGUCACUUUUUCACUCAGGAAUUAGGGGUGUUAGUUUACAUAAGUACUUUCAAAUUACAUUUAAAGAUGCUCGUUAUUAUGAGAUGAAUCAAUGCUAGGAUUUUUCAAACGUGUUGUUGGGGUAUAUAGAAAUAAAGGACUCCUGUUUUUUCAGAGCUCAUGAGGAAUAAAAGUUAAGCAUUUUAAUUUA